CGUCAAAUUUUUUAAAAAAAUCGGUGUUCAUUAAUUUAAUGAAUGGCGGAAUUUUUGGACAAGCAUUAACUGUCAAUUUAGUGGGUUUGGCACAUGCUUCCUAAUGAUUGCCAAAAUAAAGAAAGAAAUAGAACUUUUCUCUCUUCAUUCAUUUACUAUAGCUUUCUCUCUCUAAAAAGCAAGUAACUGGCGAUUUCGAGCGUUUUCUCUGUCCUCCAUUGUUGAUUUUCGAGCUUUUUCUUUCUUCUUUUUCACUGGUGAAGUUGUUAUUUGCUUAAUUCAGGUUCGUUUACUUAUUUUUUUUGAGAUUUUUGUUAGUUUAAAUUGUUUUGAUUCUUCGAUUUUUAGGUUUUUUGAUUUUGAUUUUGUUUUCGAUUUUCGUAGUGUUGAUUCUGCAAUGGUGAAGAAGAAGAUUACAAAGAAGGCUGUAGAUGCUGAAGAAGGUGGUUCAAUAGGUGGUUAUCGUUAUAAAAAGCCUACAAAAGGAAAAGGAAAGCCUAAAGAGCCUGCUAAGCCUAAACCAGUACCAAAAAAGACCCAGAUAGCUCAUGAGAAGAGCAAAGCAGUAUCUAAAAAGGCUGGGAAAAUUCCUGAGAGUGACAAACCAGAGUCUGAGAAGGCCAAAAUAGUUCCUAAGAAGGCCAAAAUUGUACCUAAGAAAGCUAAUACAGUGGAAGAUUCUGAUUAUGAAAUGCUUUCUGAAUCUGAUUCUGAAUCUGUUAUGUAAGUAUACAUAUUUUUUUAUUACAUUUUUAAUUAUAUUUUGUUUUUAUUUUAUAUUGUUUUAGUUACAUUUUCUUUCUUUUUUUUUUCUAUUUAGGGAGCAAAGAAGAAUCAUUGCAAGAUGUAGACCCUAUUCAUUGGAAAUAUUGCUGCAGAACUUUAGUCCUGAGCAAAAACAGGUUGUUGAAGAAAUUGGUUUUGGAGGUUUAUUACAUCUUAAAUUGAAAACUCUUAAUCGUCAAAUGCUACCUUGGCUUGUUGAAAAAUUCAAUGCUGGUAGCUGCAUGUUUACCAUCGCUACUGGUAAAGAAUUUGUUGUUACUAGAAAUGAUAUAUGCGAUGUGUUUUGCUUGCCUUUGAGUGAUAUUUGUGUUCCUGAACUUAAUAAAAAUUCUGAAGAUGAAAGUGUAGAUAAACGUAUCAUUCAGGCAUGGAGAUCUGAUUAUGGUCUUUCUGGUAAGCAACCUCUUCAUUUGUCAAAAUUGGAGUCUAGGAUGGUUGAUUUGGUUGAUGGAGGGGAAGAAUUUAAGAGGUGUUUUGUUCUUCAAGCUAUGUUUAGCUUUUUAGCUCCUACUACUAAUAGGACUGUUUCAUUGAAGUUGCUUAAAGCUGUUGAAAAAGUUGAUGAAAUUAAAACUUUUGAUUGGUGUUCAUAUGUUUUAAAAAAGUUAAAGAAGGCUGUUCAGAAGUAUAAGGAUGAUGAAAAUGCUCAAAAUGUUAGUGGUUGUUUGCUGGCUUUGCAAAUUAUGUAUUUUCAUCGUCUAAAUUUUCAAGGUGAAAAGGAAAGUAGUACUCUUCCUUUAAUUCAACAUUGGACGGAUGUAAAGAUUAAGAAGCGAAUUAAGUUAGAGAUCAAAGCUAGUGGUUAUGGGCAGGGACCAUUGGAUACUAUUACAUAUCCUGUGUCACAGCUUAAUUUUAGGGGAACUGUUUUUAAGCCAGCUCCUACUUUGGGUUAUGAUAAGGGUCCUUCUACAAGUGGUACCACUGGUCGCAUUGUUGCAUUUGAGCUUCCAGAAGGUAUUAUGACCGAUGAAGAAAUUAAAAAAAUUUCAACUGAUGUAAGUGUUCUGUUUUCUUAUAUGUUUAGUUUAAUGGAAUUAGAUUUCCUACUUAUUUUAUUAUUUUUAUUUGUAACAUUUUUUUUUUCAUUGUUCAUAUGUUUGUAGGUUGUUCAUGAAACGUUUCUUUUGUUUAAAAGAAAUAUGGAUGUUUUAUUAUUUGUUCAGUCAACUGGUUUUCAAACCUUGAAUGAUCUGAUUACUUCUCGCAGAAGUGUUUCAUUAUCUUCUGAUGAUUUUGUUUCAGUUUCUCAAACUGAACUGCUACUCUCUGAUCCUCAUUAUUUGAAGAUUUUUUAGAUGGUUUAAUUGAUGAGUGUAAUAAAAUGAAGUCUGUACAUGAUAUGUUUCGCGGUUUUUAUGAACCUACAGAAGGUAACAAAGAUUUUGUUCCCGAAAAAGAA